UUAUUUUCUAUAUAGAGGGCUGGAAUGAGUUGAACACCGUUAUGGAGGAGGGGGGAGCUUUACUUUUCUGUGGUGUCAGUGAAUAUGAAAAUCGGACCCAGCGAAUGGAAGAGGGGUACUCGGACCUUCCGAGUUGCAUGCACUUAGGCAGACCGUCCGAUUUGUGUAUAGGGAGGCCACGCGUCGCUGAAUGCUUGCUCCCCACAAACGGUGCCCCUUUAACCCAACCAAACUCAGUGCAUGCAUACUAAACGAGUUCAGUUUCAUUUCCUCCCCCACCAACACACUUGAACUCCAUCUUCUUCCUCCCUCAACGUUCUGGCAGCAGCUGUGUGAGAAACCAAAGCUAAAAUGUCAAGAAAAAUUAAAGCUAGAAAUGUUGAUCGUUCGGAACUCCACAUUAUAAAAUAUUUGAGAUACUCUGAUUAUGCCUCACGGAUGAUGACAUGUGAUCAUCCUGUCCCUCCGGAUCGGUACGAUGAGAGAGUGGAGGAGUAUCUACGAUCAACUGGGUUUUACCACGUUAGUCAGAUUGGAGUAGUUCAAUGCCAGAAAGCACUGGUAAAUGCUUUAGUGGAAAGGUGGCACCCGGAAACGCAUACCUUCCACCUUCCAGUUGGUGAAUGUGCCGUGUCACUGGAAGACAUGGCUAUGAUCUUUGGUCUUUCGACUGAAGGCCUUCCAGUGACUGGCAUGACUUUGAGUAGUUUUGAGGCAUUAGAGGCAGAGUGUCUGCAUCAAUUUGGGGUGGCGCUGAGAAAGUCGGAUUGUCGAGGAAGUGGCAUAAAACUGACGUGGCUACGGGAUUUAAAAGAACGGUCACAGUUGACCGAUGAGAACAGUAUACAGGUGUACGUUAAGUGCCACAUCAUGUUGUUGAUCGGUACGAUCUUGUUUGGAGACAAGUCUGGGGCAUCUGUCCACUGGAAGUAUCUGCCUCUGCUGAGUGACUUUGCUAGUAUUGGAUAGUAUAGCUGGGGAUCAGCCUGCCUAGCACACCUGUACAGGAGUUUAUGCAGGGCCUCACGUUUUGAUUGUAAGGAAAUAGAUGGUCCGCUGACACUUCUACUGUGUUGGGCAUGGAUGCGCCUACCAUAUCUAGCAUCGGUUCCUAGGGAACCUCGCAGUUUUUCACUUGCCAACAGGUUAGACUAUCUUACGUUUACCUUGUAUCUUCAUGUUUAGAAACCAAUUGUGUUAAUGAGAUCCGUUAUAUUAGGUGGCGAAACUGGGAGCGUGGAGAUCGAGUCUAUAGAUAUCAUAAGCUUGCUCAUUUUCGGAAGGCCUUGGAUGAACUCCAGGAAGGC